CAUGUUUCUCCGUCAUGGUCGACAUCGGGAAAUAACUCUCCACCACGUACAAUGCGAAAUAGUCCACCGCGCCAAGGCUCUAACUCAUUGCAGUCUGGAUAUCGACGGAAGCCAAGUCCGUGGGCUGUUUUGUCGGUGGGCCCCUUGGACCCCGUUGCAAUCUCCCUGAUUCAUGAUAGGUGCGGUUAGGCCCCGUUGUUGACAAUGGCAGAAAGGGGCCCCAGCGUACUUCUCAAUUGGUAUGCGGAGGAUACUCCGUGAAACAACUUGAAAGCUUAUAAGAGACAAGCCGUCCUUCGAUGGUUGGGAAUCUUGCCGUUUCUUGUCCACCCCCACGUGUAGGCUUGCUUGAAGACCAACCAUCAUCAUGCAUACUCUUCCGAUCGUGCUCGCCGUCGCUCCGGCGGUUGUGUUUGCCCAGUCCGCUCUCUGGGGCCAGUGUGGCGGUCAAGGCUGGUCGGGUUCCACGUCCUGUGUGUCUGGCACAAAAUGCGAGAAGGUCAAUGACUGGUACUCGCAGUGUGUGCCCGGAUCCGGGUCAACCGACCCCCCUCCUACCGGCGGUGGCGGCAAUGCCGCCACUGGCCUGCACGAGGGGUUCACGGCCAAGGGAAAGCUCUACUUCGGAACGGAGAUCGACCACUACCAUCUCAACAACAACGCCUUGACCACCAUUGUCAAGGACACCUUUGGUCAGGUCACCAACGAGAACAGCAUGAAGUGGGAUGCGAUUGAACCGAGCCGCAACCAAUUCAGCUUCGCCAACGCUGAUGCCGUUGUCGACUUUGCUCAGGCCAACGGCAAGCUCGUCCGUGGCCACACCCUGGUCUGGCACUCUCAGCUGCCGCAGUGGGUGAAGAACAUCGGUGACCGUAACACCUUGACUCAAGUCAUUGAGAACCACGUCACCACCAUGGUCACCCGCUACAAGGGCAAGAUCGUCCAGUGGGAUGUCGUCAACGAGAUCUUUGCCGAGGACGGCUCGCUCCGCGACAGCGUCUUCAGCCGUGUUCUCGGCGAGGACUUCGUUGGCAUCGCUUUCCGCGCUGCCCGUGCUGCCGACCCGGCGGCCAAGCUCUACAUCAACGACUACAACCUCGACAUUGCCAACUACGCCAAAGUCACCCGCGGUAUGGUCGAGAAGGUCAACAAGUGGGUGUCCCAGGGCGUCCCCAUCGACGGCAUCGGCACCCAGGCCCACUUGGCCGCUCCCGGCGGCUGGAACCCUGCCUCUGGUGUCCCGGAUGCCCUGAGGACCCUCGCUGCCGCCAACGUUGAUGAGGUUGCCAUCACCGAGCUCGACAUCGCUGGUGCCGCCGCCAACGACUACCUGACCGUCAUGAACGCCUGCCUCGAGGUCUCCAAGUGCGUCGGUAUCACCGUCUGGGGUGUCUCUGACAAGGACAGCUGGAGGUCGGAUGAGAACCCGCUCCUCUUCGACGGCAACUACCAGCCCAAGGCUGCCUACACCUCUCUGCUCGGCGCCUUGUAAAGGAUGAUCAUUUCGAGGUGCCAUUUUUAGAAUAAAUAGCUGAAUUGAGUGUCCCUGCUUUCCGUAUGGGCUCUUAUCCGCUUCCCAACGAUGCGUUUGAUGCACUCUGUUUCUUGAGCGAGUGAAAUCCGGAUGUAACCCGCCCAAACAUUUACAUGUGAUCGACGUAAUCAACAACCUUUGAAUACCCCUGAGCGGGGCACCUCGAUGGCAUGCCAGACUCUAUCCAUGACGUCAGGAACGCAAAUCAAAGCAUGGC